AUGGAUGAAGAGAAUUUUUCCCUCAACUUCACCCUGCCCGCUAACACGACUUCCCCCCCAGUUGUUACAAGUGGAAAAGAAGUGGACUGUGGGCCCUCUCUUGGAGUGGCAGCAGGCAUUCCGUCCCUGGUGGCCACUGCCCUGCUGGUGGCCUUGCUGUUUACCGUGAUCCACCGGCGACGACACAGGGAGCAGGCUGAGGACAGUGACAGACCAUGUGAAAUUUCUGAAAUCAGUGACAAUCCUAAGAUAUCGGAGAAUCCCCGGAGGGCAGCCCCGCCCGAGAGCCACGCCGCGGGGACGCACGAAGCCCACGUCUACGUGAAGGCCGUGUCGGGACGCGAGGAGCCCCUGCCCCCCGACAGCUACCGCCCCCCGGAAGCCCUGCAGCGGAGGCGGGGGUUGUGGUGGCUGGUGCCCCGGCUGAGCCUGGAGUGA